UUUCUUCACUGUUAUAUGAACUUUUUCCUUUGCAGGUUUGUUUUGGAAAUGCAUUUUGAGAUAUUCUUUAUUGAUGGAGGAAAUAUUCAAAUAUGUUGGUUAGUAUUUCUUGAAAAAUGGCAAGGUUUGAGUAGGAAAGGCAUGUUCCAAAACAAAUGGACAGAAAACCGUGUGACUAAGUACACAACGGAUGCAUGCUUAUAUAGGUGAAUUACAUUAAUCUAUCUAAAUAUAAAUUCUUUAGGAUUUACACAUAUAUAGAGGAUAAUUUGUUUCUUCUAAAUUAAAGAUUAUGUUUCUAUAAAUUGCUAUUAUUAAUAAAAUCAGAAUAUAAUAUUAUGAUUUUCAACCUCCCCCUCAAGCUGAAGCUAUUAAGCUCUUAGCUUGUUACAAGUAAAUAUAUUCCCAACAAAUAAAUAAAAACAUAAACCAAGAGUUGAAGAAUGGAUCUACACCCAUAACGCAGCUUCAGAAAUGGUUUCCGGACAUCAGACCAAAUCAUAGGCUCACGUGGGUCCUUCUAUGGGGUCUCCCGCCGGUCGUGUGGAAACCAUAAUAUAUGCAGAAGGUGUUGGAGGAUAUCGGUGAGACGGUGGAGGUCGAUGAGUACGUGGAGGAACACAAACGGAUGGACGUAGCACGAAUUCUCAUCCGGACAAAUCGGAGAUUGGGCUUCCAGGAGAAUGUCUGGACCACCAUUACGGGGAGGAUUAUGAGCUCAUUGUGGUGGAGGAUACGAGCAGCAUGGGCGCGCAAACGAAGAGCUACCGAAACAAUAGCUGGUUCCCUCCAUCACCAAUUUCGACUCAGCCAAACACCUCAGUUUUCCCCGGCGACGAAACUCCUGGGCACAACUCCGGCACUGACGACAGCGACGGUGGCUUUGACGACAUGGACGAUGGUUUUCCUAACCACUGGAACAAUCUCCGUUCGUCCCAAGCUCGCCGUGACCAUUGGGUAAAAUCCCUUGGUCGUUCCCCUUCGGACCGGUCCACCAAUGACACGGAUGACGAGGACCAUUCCAAGGUGGUCAAUGGAGGGAGAUACCCAGGCGCCUCUUGUGGUGUGAGUUCCGAACCCCAUAACGGUCACAUUACCCACAAUGGUAAUGCUUUUAUUACUAAGGGGGAAAGACAAAAUUGGGCUAGCAUGCAAAUAGCAAAAUCACCCGAGAAAAUAAAAGGAGUAGAGGAGGGGCAGACGGGACAACUUUAUAUGGAUAAUAUGGGAAGCUCAGACAUAGUUACAGAGGGGAGGGGGACAAGGAGGAGGUUCGGCCUUUUGAGGAUGACCAACCACAUAGGACUGACAUGCCUACAUUGAAGAAAUGCACAGUCAACUUACAAUCUGGUCAACAAGAUGUAAUGGAAGAUACAGGGGAAAUGGGCCAGAAGCUAAAGGGCCCAAUUAAGUCAGCCACAAAGGUAUAUGUUAGAAGAAAGGAGGUGCUGCUAAGUAAUGGAAAGGCCCAAUAUCUUCAAGGACCAAGUGUGGAAUCAGAUCCAGUUCCAAAAACGGAUUGCAUGCCAACAAUUCAAGGGGAUAAAAUAGAAAAGAAGUGUGCUUUAGUAAGAGAAAUGGGCCUGAGUUUCGGGGGUGAUGAUAUGAAGAUCAAGGAGAUUAUGCUAGACAUGGAUAAAAGAGACAAUAUGGUGACAACUGAGAUGGGAAUUAAAAAACAGAUAAUAUGAUCAUUCUUUCUUACAAUUCUAGAGGUUUGGGGAGGGGGAUUAAAUGGACAGCUAUUUGAAGGAUCAUCUCAAAACAUAAGGUGGAUAUUGUUUGUAUCCAAGAAACUAAAAAAGAGAGCUUUAAUAAAGGAAUAUGUCAGUCCAUAUGGGGAGAUUCAUAUGCAUCUUGGGACAAUGUCCCUUCAGUACAGGCUGCUGGUGGGUUACUAUGUCUAUGGAAUAAUUCUGUUUAUGAGGUGGAAAGGAGGGAGAAAGGUAGAAACUUUCUAAUGCUUGAAGGUAGGUGGCUUAAUAAUAAUCAGAGGAUGUUCCUCGUGAAUGUUUAUGCCCCUUGUGACCUUGCUAGGAAGAGAGUUCUUUGGGAUGAUCUGAAACAGCUUAGAGCUUCUAAUCCCCCUGGUGCCUGGUGCUUUUUGGGGGAUUUUAACAGUAUUAGAAGCCAAGAGGAAAGAAUUAGUUCCUCUAAUCGAAUUGCUGAUCCCUCGGGUAUCUCAGAUUUCAACCAAUGGAUAUCAGAGAUGGAGCUCCAGGAGAUUAAAUGUGUUGGUAGUAGCUUCACCUGCAUUAGGCCUAAUGGAAGUGUGAAGAGCAGGCUUGAUAGAUUCCUGGUUUCAGACCAGUGGAUGUCUAAUUGGCCUGACAGCUGUCAACAUGUCCUCCCAAGGGACUUUUCUGAUCAUUGCCCAACCAUUUUGCAAACUAAGAUGCUGGAUUGGGGCCCUAAGCCUUUUAGGGUAGCUGAUUGGUGGAUACAUCAAAAAGGUUAUCAAAGAGUGGUGAGGGAGGCUUGGAGUAGUGCUCAGCAGGGGGGCUGGGGGGGAGUUGUUCUCAAAAAUAAGCUGAAGUACUUGAAAGAGGUCAUAAGGCAGUGGAGUAAAGAUUAUGGGUUCAUAAAUGAUAAGGGGAUUCACAAAAUCCAGAAGAAGCUAAAUGAAGUGGAGGAUCUAGCAUCUAAUAGAAGUCUAUCCGAGGAUGAAAUUAAGGCUAAGAGAGAUUUGCAGCAAGAGUUGUGGGAGGCCUCAAAUGCCUAUGAAUCUCUUUUAAGGCAGAAAUCUAGAGCUAAGUGGUUAAAAGAAGGGGACAGAAACUCAGCUUAUUUCCAUAAAGUCAUAAAUUUCAGAAGACAUUAUAAUGGUCUUCAAGGAAUUCUCAUUCAUGGUGUAUGGAUCCAGAACCCAAUGAAGUUAAGAAUGAAGCUGUGAAUUUUUUCCUCAACAGAUUCACUGAACAACAGUUUUUCAGACCCACCCUUGAUGGAGUACAAUUCUCUUCAAUUAACCAGAGGCAGAGGGAGGAAUUGAUUGCUCCUUUCUCGGAUCAUGAGAUCAAAGAAGCAGUGUGGAGCUGUGGUGGGAACAAAUGUCCUGGACCUGAUGGAUUUAACUUCAAUUUCAUUAAAGAAUUUUGGGGAGUGUUGAAAACUGAUUUCAGAAGAUUUGUAGAUGAAUUUCAUGUGCAUGGAAGCUUCCCUAGAGGCAAUAAUGCUUCCUUUUUGGCUCUAAUUCCCAAAGUUAAACACCCUUAGUCCUUUGAUGAUUACAGACCAAUCUCCUUGAUUGAGUGUAUGUACAAGGUGAUAGCUAAGUUAUUAGCAAACAGAUUGAGGCAUGUUAUAUCUGUCCUUAUUGAUGAGAGACAGACAGCCUUCAUCAAAGACAGACACAUCCUUCAUGGCAUACUAAUUCUCAAUGAGGUGAUUAAGGAAGCUUGUAGAAGCAAAAGGCCAGUUAUGGUCUUCAAGGUGGAUUUUGAAAAGGCCUAUGACUCAGUCUCAUGGGCUUUUGUCCCAAAUGAAGACAAUGGAUUUCUGCCAGCCUCAAUUCAGCAACCAUAUCAAUUCUUGUUAAUGGCAUCCCUACAAAGGAGUUUGCUCCUACUAGAGGCUUGAGGCAAGGGGAUCCUUUAGCCCCCUUGCUUUUCAACAUAGUUGGAGAAGGCAUCACAAGAUUGAUGAGGGAAGCAGUUUAGAAAAAUUUAUAUAGAAGUUACAUGGUUGGAAAGAAAAAGGAACCCACUAAUAUUUUGCAGUAUGCAGAUGACACAGUAUUUGUGGGAGAGGCUGCUUGGGAGAAUGUUGUUGUUUUGAAGGCUAUGCUCAGAGGAUUUGAAUUGACCUCAGGUCUGAAGAUUAAUUAUGCUAAAAGUCAGUUUGGGAUUAUAGGAGGUAGGGUCAAUUGGGUAAGUCAGGCUGCCCAAAUCCUGAACUGUAGGCAACUGGAAACCCCUUUCUGUUAUUUGGGUAUCCCUAUUGGGGCUAAACCCUCAAGCAGGUUGGUGUGGGAGCCUCUGAUCAGUAAAUGAGAAUCCAAAUUAUCCAAGUGGGCACAGAAGAAUAUAUCCAUGGCAGGGAAGGUGACUCUAAUCAAUUCGGUCCUCUAUGCUUUACCAAUAUAUCUCCUAUCCUUCUUCAAAAUUCCCCAAAAGGUAGCUCAUAGAUUGGUAGCAUUGCAAAGAAACUUUUUGUGGGGGGGAGAUAAGGACUAAAAGAAACUUCCCUGGGUAAAAUGGGAGGUUAUUUGCCUACCUAAGGAUGAAGGAGGUUUGGGGAUUAAAGAAAUAUCUAAAUUCAAUGAAGCUUUGCUGGGCUAAUGGAUAUGGGCCUUAGCUUCUGACCAGCAGCAGUUAUGGGCUAGAAUCAUUAACUCCAAAUAUGGAGGUUGGAAAGAGUUUCAGUUGGGCAGAGAUAAAAGGGGAUGUUCAUAUUGGUGGAGGGACCUGAGAAAGAUUUAUCAUCAGUCUGACCACAACAUCUUUCAUCAAAACAUGGCUUGGAAGGUUGGUGGGGGUGAUAGAAUUCAUUUCUGGACAGACAGAUGGUUAGGGGAAGAAUGCACUCUUCAGCAAAAGUAUAAUCCACUUUUUAUGAUCAGUAGACAGCAACACAGUCUCAUUUCAAAGAUGGGGACCUUCUCUGAAGAUAGUUGGAGAUGGGACUUCAAGUGGAGGAGGAAUCUAUUUGACCAUGAAAAUGAUUUGGCAGUGAACUUUAUGGAGGAUAUUACUUCUAUCUCUAUUCAGAAAUAUGUGAAGGACACUAUGAUGUGGAAAGCGGAAUCUAGUGGUGUGUAUUCCACCAAGUCAGCUUAUAGACUAAUGCUGAACACCAAUGCCCCAGGUUUAGAUGUCAGGAAUUUCAAAUUAAUAUGGAAGAUGGAAAUCCCCCCAUGGGCAGCAGUCUUCACUUGGAGGCUCCUCAAGGACAGGUUACCCACUAAGGGUAAUUUAUUAAGAAGAAAUGUGCUUAUCCAAGAUGCUGGUUGCCCUCUCUGUGGUCAAGUGCAGGAGGAAGUGGGUCACCUCCUUUUUCAUUGCAAAAGGACAAUGCCCCUGUGGUGGGAAUCCAUGAGAUGGAUCCAGGCUGUAGGACCUCUUCCAGUUUCCCCAGCAAGCCAUUUAGCACAAUUUUGUGAAGGGUUUGGAGCUAAUUUAAACCAUAGCAGAUGGUGUGGGUGGUGGGUGGCUCUAACUAGUACUAUAUGGCACCAUAGGAAUAUCCUGAUCUUUCAAGGAAACCCUUUUGAUUCCUCUAAAGUCAUGGAAGAGGCUAUGUUUUUAGUUUGGUCUUGGCUAAAAGCUAGAGAGAAAGGCUUCAACACUAGUUUCAACCAUUGGUCCUCCAACAUAUCGGAAUCCUUUGGUUAACCUAUGUAGAGAUGUCUUUCCUGAUGGGCUAGUUUGGGUUUUCUUUCGGGAGGCAGCACCAAAGGUGCUUUGUAUUUCCUUUUCAUUCAGUACCCCUUGUACUGCUUUGAUUAUUUCAAUAAUAUAUUAUAUUUUAUGCCUUCCAAAAAAAAAAAACAAAGGGAGUGACAAGUUUUAGAGAAGUAGUGGGAAGCCUGUUAAUGAGAUAAACAAAUGUAGUAAAAGCAUAAUCCCAAAAUUGCAAAGGUAAAGAUGCAUGAUGCAACAAUGUGAGACCCAAAUCAAUUAUAUGUCUAUUCUCUCUCUCAACCACACCAUUCUGAUGAUUAGUGUGAGGAUAGGUAAGUCUGGGAGAAAUGCCAAAAGGGACUAGAAGUGUAGAAAAAGGGUCUAUAUUCACCUCCCCAAGACUGGAAACUUUUAAUUUUGAGGUUAAGCUGUAGUUUAACCAUGGACUUGAAAGUUUGAAAAAUAGACAUGGUUUCAGCUUUGGACUUUAUAGGAUAUAUCCAAGUAUACCUAGAGAAAGCAUCAAUGAAAGAGACAUAAUAUUUAUAACCAGAAUAUGAGGUAAUAUGAGAAGGUCCCCACAAAUCUGUAAAAAUGAGCUCUAAAGGAGAAUAAACAGAAGUAGAAGUAUGAGAAAGUAAUCUAUGAGAUUUACCCAUACAACAAGAAGCAUAAAAUCUUGUGGAAUUUUUAUUUGAUGAAGAAAUAUUACAAUUAGUGAGAACAAGUUUCGUUACAUGGUCAAUAGGAUGCCCUAGCAUGCCAGAGAUUAGCAAUACUGAGAGAAGAAGAAACAAAAUCAGACAUUACAGUAAAACUAUUAUUAUUAAUAGUGAGAGCUGAACUAGGAGAGGCAACACUUGAAACAGCAGAUGCACAUCAGCAGUGAAGGACUAUCUUUAAGCUUGAGAUUAUGAAAAGAGUAAAGUCCAUCAACACCAACAACUCCUUUAAGAAGGAUCUUAUUGGUCUCCUGAGAUUUUACAAGACACACAUGAGGGUGAAAUUUAAAGAAAACAAAGUUAUCUUUGACAAAUUGACUAACACUUUUAACAAAUUUUUCGAAAUUGAAGGAACAUGUAGUAACUUGUAAAAGUUUAAAGGUUAUGCCAACAUCAUUAGGAGAUAUAAAUGAUGAACCGAUGUUAGAAAUACUUAAACCUUCACCAUUGCCUAUGAAUAUCUGAUUUGGUCCAUCAAAGUGGAUGAGUUGUUUAAUAUUUUGUGAGUCUCUAGUCACAUGAAAACUGGCUCUAGAAUUUGGAAUCCAGAUGGUACCAGCUUGUCCAUUCCCUUGAAAGGUUGGCACUGGGUUGACUAUGAUUUGGACCAGGAUUCUUAGAAUUUGGAUUAACCCAGGUGUUUGAGGUUCCGAUUGAACCAAUAGAUAUCAGAUAGGCUGUAAUGUAGUGGGAUCAAUGAAGGCUAAAGAUUCAUGAGGAUGGAAGGUCACAUCAGACUGAAAAUGGCAAACAUUAGCCGUGUGUCCAAAUUUAAGACAGAUUUGACAUUGAAAAUUUGCAAAUCGUCCACCACCACGACCUCGGCUGGAGCUACCACCACCACGACCCACGCCAUGGUCGGGAAAGGCACCACGACAACCACCACGACCAUACGCACCGCGAGAACCUCCAGAAUUACCAGUUUUAUAGGCGUUUGGAUACAAACAGCCUUGCGUGUAGUUUUUCGAAGUAGAGUUCAUCACUUGCGCUUCUUUGUUGUAGCGCAUGAGUUGAGUUUCAUGUCCGUAGAGCAACGCUUCAAUCUCUGCGAGAGACGGAGUUCGCUUUUUGCUUUCGAUAACAGAAACCACCGACGUGUAAUCUGAGGGCAGUCCUUCAAGUAACGCGUCAGCAUAUUCCUUGUGACGAAUUGGGACACCAACACCAGCAAGUUCAUCCAUGAACCCUUUGAUUUUUUGCAAGUACUCCUCAAUUGUUUGCCGUCAAGAGUAACUGCUCUCAUAGCAGUGCGGAGCUGUCGUGCUCGAGUUUUUGUGUGAAGGCUAAAAUGCUCAUGAAUUUUAUCCCAAACCUGAUAUGAAUGAUUUGAACCAAGAACACGCGACAAUACUGAUUUAGAAAGAGUUGACUGCAGCCAUACCAAGAGUGUUUGAUCUUGGACCUCCCAGGCUUCAAAAUCAGGGUUGGUACGAUCAACAACACGAUCAUCCUCUGUGAGAUAAUGAGAAGGAAUAAUCGGAUAACCACGAAACGUUGCAAUCUGUGUGAUUUAAUAACCGGUUCAUCGUGUUGACGCCAGUGAAGAUAGUUGGAAUCAUCAAGUUUUUCAGGCACAAAGUUGGGAAAUGAUUGAGGAACUGAACUGGAAGGAGUAGAAGCCAUGAACACAAAACAUUGGACCUUGCGAAGGAACUAGGAAUUCGAAAAAAUGGCUCUAGAUACCAUGUUGAACAAACUGAGAGAGAAGGAAGAGAAAACUUGUUGAACAAAAAGUUGAUUUUAUUGAUUAUCAAAGUUAAUUACAGAAGGUUACAAAAGAAGUAUAGAUAGACCUCUGUUUUGUUGUUGUAACAGAUUGUAACUAACUAACAGAACCUAACUAACUCUUAACUGAUUCUAACCAACUCUAAGAUAGGUGCUGUUAGCAAAAGCUAACAGCCCUUACAAUUAGUUUAUAGAACUGUUUUCACAGUUGAUUGACAGCAUAUUCUAAUGAGAAGAAACAUCAGUGGUAGAGGUACUCAUUCAUUGGCAGAACCUACCAGCAUGCAAAAGUAGAUGGGAACCAGUAGCAACACUUAAGCAAAUCUUUCUUCGCUCUACCUUGAGGACAAGGUGGUUCUUAUAGGAGGUAUUGAUUGAAAGCAACUUCCUAUUAAAAAGGUAUAUCUAAGAAGGAUUAAGAAAAUGGGCCUAGGCCUGGUAUUAUUUACCAUGGUAGUUGAAUCAAGGUGCAAAUCAUGAAUUGGAAUGGCCAUUUUCCGAAUUGCUAAUUGAAUUGUAUCGUAUCAUGAAUCUUAAUGUGAAUCUUAAGAUUCACAGACAAUAAUAAAACAUAACAUAUAUAUUAGACUAAGAAAAUUGCAGAUGAAAAAUUGUGUUCUCCUGUGGAGAAUUUUACAUUAAAUAGUGCUCAUAUAAUUUGAUUUCUACAUCUGUGCAUUAAAUAGUCAAGUCAAUCUGCAAAAAAAUGCUAUCCUAUACCUGGAAUAACUAAUUAAGGAGAUAAUUACAGCUAUAUAAUCAUGUAAGAUCUGUUGUUUUGAAUGACCAACAAAUCUGUG